AGGCUUAGCUGUCCAUAUAAUGUCAGAAGGUCUAGUGACGGCGCUGAAGGGACAUGGUAGCUGCCAGCAGAGCAAGAACAGAAUAUCGUAGCUCCCACUGCCCCGCCAGCAUCAGAAGCAGCAUCAUUGACGUUGUGUGUGUGUGAUUUCCAUCACCCGAUGUAGUGGUUGUAGCAGUGUUUUGCCUGCUUUGUCACUGACCAAUGCUCUCCCCGUGAGAACGGCCGGGCAGUAUCCAUUCGCUGACAGGAGAACGACAGAGGGACAUCUCUGGCAGACGACAGCAGGAGAGAAAAGGCGCCCAGCUUUAUUCCUACAGAGUGGGCAGUCCUCGCAGGUCCUGACGCUACUGGUGCUUCGGACUAGACUGAUGGGUAAUCAAAGACCAACUUUGGAUACUUCAUAUUCUAGCAGAGUAGUCAUCUGAAGAGGACAAGAUAUGUCAGGCCAUCCAAGCAUGCAGGCUAUGACACAUAGACCCACAGCAGCACCACAGUCUGACCACCAUCACCACUGCCAGCCACAGCCACAGCAGACGUAUCACGUGACUGGUCAAGCACCGCCUCCCCCCUCGCAUCAUGGCCACAGAGUUGACCCGGUUUCGUCAGGCGGCGACCUGGACUAUGCCCCGCCGCGUAAGAUGGCGCGUCCCUGUCGGCCCGCAUCUCCACUUCUGGGUGAGGACACUAUGUCGGCAGCCGUCGGCAGCAGCACAGCGAGCAGGCAAAUGCAUAGACAGCCCAAAAGAUCAGACAUCUUGUCAAGUGGUUCUGGCGACUCACAGUCUGCUUCUGGCGCCGGCGCGGGCGCAGGCGCGGGCGGAGGAGGCACAGGAGGAGGAGGUGGUGGUGGCUCUACUGGGGAUAGCAACAAGAAGCCGGUGAAAAGACCAAUGUUCUCCAAAGAGGUGACAGCUACGCUUAGAGAAUGGCUAAUGGCAAAUCUGCAGCAUCCAUUUCCGACGGAAGACCAGAAACGUGAAUUGAUGGCACGGACCGACCUCUCACUCCUUCAGAUCAAUAAUUGGUUCAUCAAUGCAAGAAGAAGAACAGUUCAGCCUCUCAUCGAUGAGCAGAAUCGCCGCUACAUGCAGUCCAGGGAAUUCUCGGCUCUGUCUCAUUACCACCACCACCAUCACCAGCCACCACCACCGCUGACAAUACCACGCCUAGCUGGCCCAAGCGGAGUAGCUGGGGAUUAUGGUGUGGUGGCUGCCCCUCCAGGCGCCUGGGUACAGGGUGUUCAUUUCGACCCGCAAAGCCCCAGCGCUGCGGCCGUUACAGCAGCCAGCGGUCCUGUGUUGUUGCACCACCACACGGCAGCCACCAUGGUCGCACAGCCACCACGCCAACACCACCCGCCGCAUCAGCAGCAGCACCAUGCUCAUCCGCAUGCACACCAACAGGGCAUGGUCCUGGCAGCAAGUUCCCUGCAGCCGACCAGCCUGGGGGAGAGUUCGUCGGAACUGUCCCUGGGGACGGCCCUGCCCACUCCGCCCUCACUCACCAGCAAUCCAUCCCUGUCCCCAAUCACUGUUCCGGGUUAUCAAAUGUCAUCUGGGCACAUGCCUUCGACCAUCGUCACCCACAGUCCCACGGGACCAGCAAGGAGUUCACCGUAUCAGAGUAAUCGUGGCAGCACGUUUCACCUCCAGGCAGCCGACAGCGGAAAUGUGUAUGUCCCUGGUGCAGCCGGCGGCCAAACUAUCCUCGCAGCCACGCACACCGCUAAUCCCCACGUACCAACGCAAAUCUCACCUCUCACGACUCCGCCAUCCACCGCACCAACAUUCUACACUUUCAACCAUCCGACAUCUCCGUACACCUCAGUGCAGCAGCAACAGCAGCAGCAGCAGUCUCAGCAGUAG